GAGGUCUCCGUGGAUUAAUACACUUCUCUCCUCCGAUCGCUUGCGGGGGACGGGAGUUUGGGAACUAUCCAAGGUCCUAAAAGAAGACGAUGGUGGAGACUCUGUCAGUGGCUGUCCUGGGAGCCCCGAAGGUGGGCAAAACGGCCAUUAUCCGUCAGUUCUUGCACCACGACUUUACAGAGACUUACAGCCCGACGGAGCGCCGCCGUACCUACCGGCCCUCAGUCAUUUUCAACGGGAACAUGUAUGACAUGAAGAUUAUGGAUGUCCCUUACUUGACGGCGUUCCCAGCAAACAGCUCUCAGCUUCCCCCAUCUUUUCCUCUCGCCCACCAGGAGUGGUCAGACCUGAAAUCCCGAGGGCUGCGAAACACUGAUGCCUACGUCCUGGUGUAUGAUAUCUGCAGCCCAGAAAGCUUCGAGUAUGUGAAAAUGAUCCGUCAGCAGAUCCAGGAGAACAGGGCGAGCAGCACUGGCGAAGCCCCCAUCAUUGUGGUGGGGAACAAGAGGGACCUGCAGCGCCAGCGCUUCUCCCCCCGCCGGGCCCUCUCUCUGCUGGUCAAGAAGAGCUGGAAAUGCGGCUACAUGGAGUGCUCUGCCAAGUUCAACUGGCACAUCUUCCUCCUCUUCAAGGAGCUCCUCUGCAGCGUCUUGGCCCGAGGCUGCAGGAACAACCACUCUGCCAUGCGCCUCCAGGGGGCGCUGCACAGGAACAGGUGCAGCCUGAUGUGAGGAGACCCUGCCGGCCACCAGGGGGCGUGCUCACAGAACAAUGGAAUUGUAGAGUCGGGAGGGUCGUCUA